AUGUCGAGUUUGGCGGUGAGAGACCCGGCAAUGGAUCGAUCACUGCGUUCCGUGUUCGUGGGAAACAUUCCGUAUGAGGCGACUGAGGAGCAGUUAAAGGACAUAUUCUCAGAGGUUGGUUCCGUUGUGAGUUUCCGGCUGGUAUACGAUAGAGAGACGGGAAAACCCAAGGGUUAUGGCUUCUGCGAGUAUCAAGACCAGGAGACCGCGCUUAGUGCCAUGCGGAACCUUAAUGGGCGGGAGUUCAGCGGUAGAGCGCUUCGGGUGGACAAUGCUGCCAGUGAAAAGAAUAAGGAGGAACUAAAGAGCCUAGGGCCUGCAGCGCCCAUUAUUGACUCACCCUAUGGGGACCCUAUCGAUCCGGAAGACGCCCCAGAAUCAAUAACCAGAGCAGUCGCCAGCCUCCCUCCGGAGCAGAUGUUUGAGUUGAUGAAACAGAUGAAGCUCUGUGUCCAAAACAGUCACCAAGAAGCUCGAAACAUGUUACUACAAAACCCGCAACUGGCUUAUGCGCUGUUGCAGGCACAGGUAGUAAUGAGAAUUAUGGAUCCAGAGAUUGCACUGAAAAUUCUGCAUCGCAAAAUACACGUCACACCGCUUAUCCCAGGCAAAUCUCAGACUGUCUCUGUCUCUGGCCCAGGCCCUGGCCCUGGCCCUGGCCCUGGCCUCUGCCCAGGACCUAAUGUUAUGCUGAACCAGCAGAAUCCUCCAGCCCCUCAGCCUCAGCAUUUGGCUAGAAGACCUGUGAAAGACAUUCCUCCUCUGAUGCAGACUCCUAUCCAGGGUGGAAUUCCAGCCCCAGGUCCAAUCUCGGCUCCUAUUCCUGGACCUGGUCCAGCUUCCUUAACUCCUGGAGGAGCAAUGCAGCCCCAAGUUGGAAUGCCUGGUGUUGGCCCAUUGCCUUUAGAGCGGGGACAAGUGCAAAUGACAGAUCCCAGAGCUCCCAUACCUCGUGGACCCAUGACUGCUGGUGGCCUGCCUCCUCGAGGACUGUUGGGAGAUGCUCCGAAUGACCCACGUGGAGGGACUCUGCUUUCAGUCACUGGAGAAGUAGAGCCCAGAGGUUAUCUGGGCCCACCCCAUCAGGGCCCUCCCAUGCACCAUGCCUCUGGUCAUGACAACCGAGGUCCUUCUUCACAUGAGAUGAGGGGAGGGCCAAUAGCAGAUCCAAGACUGCUAAUUGGAGAGCCCAGAGGACCCAUGAUGGAUCAAAGGGGUCUGCCCAUGGAUGGUAGAGGUGGUAGAGAUUCUCGAGGGAUGGAAACACGAUCCAUGGAAGCUGAAGUCUUAGAAGCACGAGUAAUGGAGAGAAGAGGAAUGGAGACCUGUGCAUUGGAAACCAGAGGAAUGGAAGCUAGGGGCAUGGAUGCAAGAGGAAUGGAGAUACGGGGCCCUUGCCCCAGUUCAAGAGGCCCUAUGACCAAUGCACUCCAGGGUCCUGGGCCCAUUAAUAUGGGGGCAGGUGGGCCUCAGGGACCCAGACAGGUCCCAAGCAUUUCAGGGGUGGGAAAUCCUGGAGGUGGCAUGCAGGCAUCAGGCAUACAAGGAGCAGGCAUGCAAGGGGCUGGGAUGCAAGGAGGGGCCAUGCAGGGGGCGGGGAUGCAAGGAGGGGCCAUGCAGGGGGCGGGCGUGCAAGGAGGGGCCAUGCAGGGGGCGGGCAAGCAAGGUGGAGGCCAACCUAGCACUUUCAGUCCCGGGCAGAGCCAAGUAACUGCACAGGAUCAAGAAAAAGCAGCUUUGAUCAUGCAGGUUCUUCAGCUGACUGCAGAUCAGAUUGCCAUGCUCCCUCCUGAGCAAAGGCAGAGUAUUCUGAUUUUAAAGGAACAAAUUCAGAAAUCCACUGGAGCUUCUUAA